AUGAAUAUCUAUACUACCGACACUGAUUUUAAUGAAGUGAUUGGUUCGUGGGCAAUUUGGCCGCUCUUUAAAACGUUGCGAAAUCGUCCAGAAGCUAAUUGGCUUCUUUUUUGUGAAGCGCACAUUCAUGUGAAUUUGGAAUUGUUGGUCAAUUUUUUAGCGAACUAUUCUUCUGAUGCUGCACUUGAUUGUCGUUCGUCUACUUGUUUUACAAAACCUGAAACUGAAGAGAAUUUUAUUUAUCGUAAUUUACCAUAUCUGAUUUAUUCAGUUAGGGAUUUCUGCAAUUUGUGA